GGAGGGGCAGCUGGGGGUUUUUAUAUGGUGGUAAAGGUAGCUUAGGAAUUUCAGCCGGGUUUAGGGCUGCGGGAUUGGUUGUUUGAGGGAAAGGGACACCGGUAAAGCGACGCCGGCGUGGGGGAGGGGGUCUGGGCACAACAGGCUGAGGCCGGGGACUUGGGCUGGGCCGGUGGCAAGCCCGACCCCGGUGGUUGCGUGGUUGUCGUGGGUUGGGGGCUUGGGGUUGGGUUUUUAGUUUUUAUAUUUUUUUUUAAUUUUUUAAUAAAUUUUUAACCAUUACCACGAUGACAGAAUAUAUUUUUUUCAAAAUGUUAAAAUCAUGCAUCAGUAUGUUCCUAAUAUUCCCAAAAAAACACAAACAAAAAAUUCGGACAACAUUCAUCAUUUUAUAAUUUUUAAUUAUUUUACGCUCAAAACAAAAUACCCGCUCUUGUAUAAUUAUGGUUAUUUUGAUUAAAAUAAUAUUUCACCUUCUUCUAACUGACACAUUUUCUCUCUCCUCUCAAUUUCUCUGUUUAUCAGUAAAACCACCUGCACCUGCUUCACAAAAACAAACACUGGAAGAAGAAGAGGUUGCAGCAGCAGUCUCUUUCAUCACUCUUAUAAAGCAAAAGGGUAUAGCUUUUCCCCACUUUGAAUGAUUGAGAUAAUAAUGUGCCCCAAUCUUCUCAGCAAAUGCUCUCCACCAAGUUGAAGAACAGAACAGAGGAGAGAGAAAAAUCAUUCAAAUAGGAAGCUGUACUGCUGCACAUUAAACAAGAACAGAUCUCGGGUUUCGAGUUUCGGGUUUCGGCGCCAUUGAAAUUUCAUCUACUUGGUGAAUAAUCUGUUUGUUGUGUUGAAGUUUGCAAGUUGGUUUAUGCUCAAUAAUUGGAGUAAUACUCAAAUUAGCAAGAAAUUUGCUGAAUACAUGUCAUUGAAUAACAACCAUUCUGGUUCAAAUGGAAAAUAUGCUUCCAACUUCAAGAUGAAAAAGGCUGCUAAGGAUCAAAUGAAUGGAUCUUGUGGUAGUGUUGGGAAGUGGAAUGGGAAGAUUGCAAUGUUGCUUCAUGUGAUUGUUGCUGUUGGAUUAAGUUGGUUCUUGUAUGGGUUGAUUGGCUGGUUUUCGAAAUCUCAAAAUAAGUCUUUGUUCCUUGGUGAUUUCAAGAAUCUUGUGUUUAACGAACCUUUCGAUUUCGGCCGCCACCAGCUUCAUCUAUUUUCUAAUCAGGGAACUUCUGUGCAAGCUAAUGGCAACGCAGAAGAUGCCUGCAGGUCUAAUUGUUUUUGGUCAACAAAGACUUGUUGGUGGGUGCUUUUUGGGUUGAUGGUGAUGAGUUUGAGGAUCUCUUGUUUUUGUUCUAGCAUAUGGAGGAAGCAGCAGUAUUCCCUGGCACCGCGAUUGAAUUCCCAGCCACAGCAGCUGCAGCAGCAGCAACUUAUGCAGCAUAAGCUUCCAUUGCAAAUCCAUAGUACAGCCAAAACCACUACAAAGUGGCAAAAGAAGCUCUUGUUUCUGUUUGUUGUUGGUAUGAUGGUUGUAUCCAUCUGUAUAUUCUACCAUUUUUACCAAGACACUGUUUUCAGAAGAAGAGAAACUUUAGCUAAUAUGUGCGAUGAGCGAGCCAGAAUGCUGCAAGAUCAGUUUAAUGUUGGCAUGAAUCAUGUGCACGCCUUAGCUGUCCUGGUUUCUACAUUUCACCAUGGAAAAAAUCCUUCUGCUAUGGAUCAGAAAACAUUUGAAGAAUAUACUGACAGAACUGCUUUUGAGAGGCCACUCACCAGUGGUGUUGCCUAUGCAUUGAAAGUUACUCACUCUGAGAGGGAGAAAUUUGAAAAGCGUCAGGGAUGGACUAUAAAGAAGAUGGAACACGGGGAUCAGACUCUUGUACAAGAUUUUGAUCCUGCAAAGAUGGACCCUGCACCCAUUCAAGAUGAAUAUGCACCUGUUAUAUUCUGUCAAAGAACAGUAGCUCAUAUUGUCUCUAUAGACAUGAUGUCUGGAAAGGAAGACCGUGACAAUAUUUUGCGAGCCAGGGCAACUGGAAAGGGUGUCUUGACUUCUCCAUUUAAGCUACUUAAAUCUAAUCACCUGGGAGUAGUACUUACUUUUGCUGUCUAUGACCAUGAGCUUCCACCAGAUGCCACUCCAGAGCAACGCAUAACAGCAACUAUGGGGUAUCUUGGUGCAUCUUAUGAUCUGCGCUCACUAGUGGAGAAGAUUCUUCAGCAACUUGCUGGCAAACAAACAAUUGUUGUGAAUGUCUAUGAUACAACGAAUAAAUCAGCAAAAAUUAACAUGUAUGGAACUGAUGUUGUAGACACAGGUUUUUUGCACAAUAGCAGUCUUGAUUUUGGGGAUCCAACUCGAAAGCAUGAGAUGCAUUGCAGGUUCAAAAACAGGCCACCUCCGCCUUGGACGGCAAUAUUGUCAGCAGGUGGAGUCCUGACAAUUUCGUUGCUCCUAAGUCAUAUUCUUCAUGCAGCCAUUAAUAGAAUUGUCAGAGUAGAGGAAGACUGCCAAAAAAUGACGGUGCUAAAAGCUCGUGCUGAAGCUGCUGACGUUGCAAAAUCUCAGUUCCUUGCUACUGUGUCCCAUGAAAUAAGAACGCCCAUGAACGGUGUUUUAGGUAUGCUGCAAAUGCUGAUGGAUACUGAUCUGGAUGCUGAUCAACUUGAUUAUGCCCAGACAGCUCAUGCCAGCGGAAAGGAUCUCAUUUCCAUUAUUAAUGAGGUUCUUGAUCAGGCCAAGAUAGAAUCAGGCCGGCUUGAGCUUGAGGCAGUGCCCUUUGAUUUGCGUAAUAUCCUAGACAAUGUCGUUUCUCUAUUCUCGGGAAAGUCUCGGGAAAAAGAAAUUGAAUUGGCUAUAUAUGUAUCCAAUAAGGUACCUGAGAUUCUGGUUGGAGACCCUGGGCGAUUCCGGCAGAUAAUAACAAAUCUUGUUGGUAAUUCAGUAAAGUUUACAAAUGCUAAGGGACAUAUUUUUGUUUCCGUACAUUUGGCUGAUGAAGUGAGGGCACCAUCUGAUAUGAUGGAUGAUGUGCUUCGACAAGGACUAAAUUCAUUGAAAGAUGGAUCUGAAAGAAAUACUCUAAGCGGUUAUCCUAUUGUUGAUAGAUGGAAAAGUUGGACAAACUUUAAACAGUUGGGUGGUAAAGAAAGCACUGAGACAUCUGAGCUUAUCAAACUAAUAGUGACAGUGGAGGACACAGGAGAAGGGAUUCCUCAAGAGGCACAGAGCCGCAUAUUUACUCCAUUUAUGCAGGCUGACAGCUCCACUUCGAGGCACUACGGAGGAACUGGAAUAGGAUUGAGUAUAAGCAAAUGCUUGGUAGACCUUAUGGGAGGGGAAAUUGGGUUUGUGAGUGAGCGUGAUGUUGGAAGUACCUUUUCUUUUACAGCAGUUCUUAAGAGAGGAGAGCUUGACUCCCUAGACCCAAAAUGGCACACCCAUGAAACAUCUAUUUCGGAAUUGAAGGGGUUGAGAGCUUUGGUAAUUGAUAAAAGAAGCAUUCGAGCUGAGGUCACACGGUAUCAUCUUCAGAGACUGGGGAUAUCUGUUGACACAGUUUCCAGUCUUCAGUCCGCUUUCUCAUUUGUUUCUGACUUUCCAAAUACAAGUGCUUUAGCGCCACUAGCCAUGAUCCUCAUUGACAGAGAGGUAUGGGAAAAGGAGCCUGUUAUCGAGAUCCGUCAUCUACUUGAAAAUGCAGUGUCAAAAGGCUCUAUUGAUAGAAUGCCCAAGAUAUUUUUGUUGGCCACUUCCAUGACUCCGUCUGAGCGCAGUGAAUUUAAAUCCUCUCAUUUAGUUGACAGUAUAAUCACGAAGCCUCUGAGGUUGAGUGUUUUAACUGGCUGCUUUCAUGAAGCCUUUGGCAAUGGGAGAAAAAGGCAGUCAAAUAGAGUCAAACCUGCCAGUCUUGGAAGUUUACUCAAAGGAAAACUAAUCCUGGUGGUUGAUGAUAAUGCUGUUAACCGUAAAGUGGCAGAAGGGGCACUAAAAAAAUAUGGAGCGGUUGUGACCUGUGUUGACAGUGGGAAGGCUGCUGUGAUGAAGCUUGAGCCACCCCAUAACUUUGAUGCUUGCUUUAUGGAUCUCCAAAUGCCUGAGAUGGAUGGGUUUGAAGCUACUCGACUAAUUCGUCUGAAGGAAACUGAGUUCAAUGAGAAACUUAAAUCCGGGGAGGUUUCAGUGGAUUCAUUUCCUAAUAUGACUCCUUGGCACACUCCAAUAUUGGCGAUGACAGCAGAUGUAAUUCAAGCUACCAAUGAAGAAUGCAUUAAGUGCGGCAUGGAUGGUUACGUGUCAAAGCCAUUUGAAGAAGAGCAGCUGUAUUCAGCCGUAGCUUGCUUCUUUGAGUCCAGAUGACUAUUUCUUAUGUCCUUGAAGUGGUUAAGAUGCAUUUUGGAGUCUAAUCAAGAGUGUCCUUGUUCAUUUUCCCUGCAAACUAGCUGUGAAGCUGAGUGUACUCCUGCAUUUCCCAAGGCAGAAGUUGCUUUUGCUGACAAGGAUACAGGCUCACGGCAUUUAUGGGGAAGUAAAUCUACUGGUUCAAGGGGUUCAACCUUGUAAACACAUAGCGGCAUGCUGAUCAUAAUAGGGAACUUGUGAGAUGCUUCUGUAUAUAUUUUCUGAUUGCUAGUAGGUGCUGAAUUCAGCAUGUCUCAUAUAGUACGUACAUUCAAACAAUCCUGGAUACGUGGAUAACGUGUCUUGUAAUCUUUAGUGUUGUACUAUCGGAGUUGCAUGUAUAGCUAUUGAGUCGUAGGACAACUUUGGGGGAUAGAGUAGGUAUAGUCGUUACGUAGGAAUUCUUAGGUCUAAAACAUAGGAACAUCUUCAUCGUGUUAAAAUUUGUUCAGGCUGUCUUGGAUAGUCCAAGUUUGAUGCUAACUCUCACUGGAUUACAUUUUCGAGACUGCUUUCGAAGCAUUUGUUGUAACGUCGAAUGUAAGUAUUCAUCUUGUGUUUUCCAU